AUGUCCGACCUGCUCAACAAGCCGCGCGCAGAGCUUGCUGAUCUCGCUGCGAAACAACCACAAGCUCCUGGCCAAGGUCAAGGCCUUCGACCGCCAUUGCAACAUGAUCCUCGAGAACGUCAAGGAGAUCUGGAGCGAGACCAACCCGGACGACAGAAACAAGAAGAUGAUGCGAGAACGGUUUGUGUCCAAGAUGUUCCUCAGAGGCGACUCUGUGAUUGUCGUUCUCAAGCACUCUUGACUGGCUUGCUGAGGUAA